CAGCCUGCCCGUGCCCGUGGCACAUGCACCCGGCUUGGCCCACUCCAGCGGCGGCUCCGGGAGCUCCAGCGAGUCCGAGAGCAGCUCCGAGUCCGACUCUGACAGCGAGAGCAGCUCCAGCGACAGCGAGUGCAAUGAGGAGUCGCGCAGUGCCACGCCAGAGCCUGAACCUCCCUCAACAAACAAAUGGCAGCUCGAUAAAUGGCUCAAUAAAGUGAACCCCCACAACAAGACCAUCAUCAACAAUCAAAAUGAGCCUCACAGCGAGACCAGCUCCCAGGCCCAGAGCAACCAGCAGGCCGAAGGGCCAAACAAAGGGAAGCUUAACAGCAGCCUGCCCCCAGCCGAUUCCAAAGACCGGGCAAUCCUUAGUCCCGUCCGAGAGAAAGGCAAACCACGGGUUGUCCAGAAAACCCCAGAGGCAAAAAGCUCCAAGCAGAAGUCACCAGCUCAUAAUGAGCCAACUUCACAAAGGACUACUGGGAAAAAGCAACCCAAAAAGGUAGAAAGGACUUCCAGUGUAGAAGAGUAUAACUGGCCCAAACCAAAUAAUACCAGCAACACUCCCAAAGAAAAAGACCCACAGGAACCCUCCGAGCAGCCAAAGGUUCGAACUAAAGCAGCAGUUGGGAAGACCGCUCCAAGGAAAGAGCCACGAACUAGCACAGGUCUCAAUUCAGAGAAGAAAAAGUACAGAGGCCCCAGCAAAAUUGUCCCUAAGUCCCGGGAGUUCAUUGAGACAGAUUCAUCUACUUCUGACUCAAAUACAGACCAGGAGGAGAGCUUGCAGGCUAAGGUACUGCCAGCUUGCACUGGGUCUGGCAAUGGUGUUAAAGUGAAGGACUCUGGCAGUAACAUCCUCAGCGUAAGUAGUUUAACUAGCAAUGGCAGCAACACAUCCAUUGACCAGACCAGCAAUGACUUGGAGGAGCAGCUCUUUUCUCCUAUCCCAAUCGUACAAAAUGAACUUCUGUCCCCACUGAGAGAAUAUGAAGAACUCAAAUCUCUGUGGGUGAAAAUAGACCUUAGUUUACUCUCUAGGAUACCUGGACAAGAGCCUUUUGAGACCACAUCUGUGAAAAGUGAACCAAGAGAAGCAAAUGUGAAACACAGGCGACCAUCUCGAGAGUCCCCUACCCCAGCAGCUGAAAAACUGUCCACAAAAUCCAAAAGGAAACACAAGACAGAAAACCUGGAUGCCUUGGUUGAAAGCAAGAAGCAGCGCCUGGAGGACCCCUCAGCUUCAUGCCUACUCCCACCUUGCAUCUCGCCGAUACCGAAUCACAGGUUAACCAGCACAAAAGACAGUAGCUCAGUGAAGAAGGUGGCAAAGAAAAGAGAAGAGAAGCUGUUCCCUCCUCCUUUAUCCCCUCUCUUGGACGAGCCUGUUCACCGUCGGCACAGCAGUGACAACAGCUCCUUCAGCCAAGAGACCAACAUCACAAACACCUCUCAGACCAGCAGCUCUUCCUCCUCUGAGGAGGAAUCUCACAGUACACCAACAGCCAACACUCUUCUUGACACCAGCCAUCUAGAAACAGACAUCUGGUCUGCUAUGCCAACCCUUUCCAAUGGGAAUUCUGAGCCCAGAAGACCCAAAAUAACAUUUGAUGAUGUGCUUCACAAUGCGGAUUAUUACAUGCAAGAGGCUAAGAAGCUAAAGCAUAAAGCUGAUGCCUUGCUGGAAAAGUUUGGCAAAGCGGUGAAUUACGCUGACGCUGCCCUCUCCUUCAUCGAGUGCGGGAACGCCAUGGAGCGAGAUCCAUUAGAAGCUAAAUCUCCAUACACCAUGUACUCAGAGACUGUGGAACUCAUCAGGUAUGCACUGAGACUCAAGAAUUUCACAGGCUCUUCUGCCACGGAAGGGGACAAGAAAUUAGCAGUUUUAUGCUACCGAUGCUUAUCACUUCUCUACUUGAGAAUGUUUAAACUAAAGAAGGACCAUGCUAUGAAGUACUCCAGAUCUCUGAUGGAAUAUUUUAAGCAGAACUCUUCAAAAGCCUCACAGGCCCCCUCACCCUGGGGAGGCAACGGAAAGAGCACAGAAACUCCAUCGCCCAUGUCCCUGAGCCCGUCCCCCGUCAGCUCCGCUGGAAGCAGCGCGGGCAGCGCCGGCUCCUCCUCAGCAGGGACCAUCACCAUCCCUCAGCGCAUCCACCACAUGGCUGCCAGCCACGUCAACAUCACCAACAACGUCCUGCGGAGCUACGAGCACUGGGACAUGGCUGACAAGCUGACCAAGGAGAACAAAGAAUUCUUUGUAGACCUGGACUCAGCGAUGGGACCCUUAACCCAACACAGCAGCAUGACCAAUCUGGUUCGUUACGUUCGCCAAGGACUCCACUGGCUCCGCAUUGAGGCUCAUUUGUUGUAGUGACUGCUUCCCUGUUCAUAACAUCCUCAUUCCUCUACCUCUACCAGCGCAGAGACGAUCACUGGUGGAACUCCACUCAUUUCUGGAAGUUUAUUCAUGUAACUUCAUUUUUAUUGCCUUUUUUAAUAUCCUAUCUAUUGGAAGUAGAAGUCACCAUAAAUGGAACUUAUGACUCAAGAGCAGUAUGUGUUGUACCAUCUAAUCAUUUUCAACAAUUUUCUAUGCCUUGUGUCUCCUGGAUCCUGCCAUCCUUAUGUGCUUUAUGGAACGGUACAUUCCCUGCAGUGUUGUUUUGAGUCCGUGCUGCCUUCAAGUGAAAACAAAAAAAGCACUUUGAGAAGAUAUGGAUUACUGAGAAAAUAGUUCAAAGCGUCUUAAAUAUUUGAGGGUAUAUAUAGGAAGUCCCUUCUGAAAUAAAUUAGUAGAAGUUAUAGCUAUUCAUUCAGAAUCAUCUUCUGAACCUGAACCAAGCUUCUCGAUGCUUAAUUCUGGCAUCAUUACCUGACAGAGUACAUUCCUAAGAUUUCAUACUUCCUAUAGGCUUAAUCUCUAAAAGAGAACAUUGAAUAUCUUACAGGUACCUAAUGUAAGAU